CCGGCUGUGUUGGACCGGAGAGACUCGGUGUUGGACCGGAGAAACUCGGUGUUGGACCGGAGAAACUCGGUGUGGAACAUCCGCAGCAGCAGCAGCAGCAGCAGCAGCAUGAUGGCGUCUGACGGCCUGGACGAGAGAUCCCCGCUGCUGUCCACCCCCACCUCGCCCCCCUACCUGCAGGAGCCCAGUCCCGGAGCCCGCCGCCACCCGGCUGUGUUGGACCGGAGAGACUCGGUGUUGGACCGGAGAAACUCGGUGUUGGACCGGAGAAACUCGGUGUGGAACAUCCGCAGCAGCAGCAGCAGCAGCAGCAGCAUGAUGGCGUCUGACGGCCUGGACGAGAGAUCCCCGCUGCUGUCCACCCCCACCUCGCCCCCCUACCUGCAGGAGCCCAGUCCCGGAGCGGAACUACCUCCCCCUUACACGGCCAUCGCCAGCCCGGACGCGAGCGGCGUGCCGGUCAUCAACUGCCGCGUGUGCCAGUCGCUCAUCCAGCUGGACGGCAAGCUGCACCAGCACGUGGUCAAGUGCACGCUGUGCAACGAGGCCACCCCCAUCAAGAACCCGCCCACGGGGAAGAAGUACGUGAGGUGUCCCUGCAACUGCCUGCUCAUCUGCAAAGACACGUCCAGGAGGAUAGGAUGUCCUCGACCCAACUGCAGACGCAUCAUCAACCUGAGCCCCGUGGUGGUCGUCCCUGAGGAGCAGCCAGCCCAGCCUGCCCUGCCCCUGCAGCCUGAGGGCACGCGUGUGGUCUGUGGACACUGCGGCAACACUUUCCUGUGGAUGGAGCUGCGCUUCAACACCUUGGCCAAAUGUCCCCACUGCAAGAAAAUCUCGUCAGUGGGCAGUGCUCUCCCUAGGAGGCGAUGUUGUGCUUACAUCAGCGUGGGAAUGAUGUGCAUCUUCAUUGGAGUGGGACUAACUGUGGGAACGCGAGACUUGGCCGCCCGCUACAGCGCCACCUACGUGUCCUGGGUCUUGGCCUACUUGCUGGGUCUGGUCUGCUUGCUGCGUGCUUGCUACUGGGGAGCCAUCACUGUCAGCCACCAUGAGAACUGCUUUGCCUGAACACCACACCUCUAACACCAGCUGCAGCACCUCUAACACCAGGUGGAAGACCUCUAACACCAAGUGGAAGACCUCUAACACCAGGUGGAAGACCUCUAACACCAGGUGGAAGACCUCUAACACCAGGUGGAAGACCUCUAACACCAAGUGGAAGACCUCUAACACCAGGUGGAAGACCUCUAACACCAAGUGGAAGACCUCUAACACCAGGUGGAAGACCUCUAACACCAGGUGGAAGACCUCUAACACCAAGUGGAAGACCUCUAACACCAGGUGGAAGACCUCUAACACCAGGUGGAAGACCUCUAACACCAGGUGGAAGACCUCUAACACCAGGUGGAAGACCUCUAACACCAAGUGGAAGACCUCUAACACCAGGUGGAAGACCUCUAACACCAGGUGGAAGACCUCUAACACCAGGUGGAAGACCUCUAACACCAGGUGGAAGACCUCUAACACCAGGUGGAAAUGAAGCGCUCCCUCCAGGAUCUUGUCAUGUGACUUCUUCUUCUUCUUCUUCUUGUUUGUUUUCGUCAACUUGAUGACGUCAUCAAUAAUUGGAACCGGAACAUUUAACAUACACAAUUAGAGCAAAAAAGCUAGCAUAAAACGUUAGCAUGCUAACAUAAGAGACGUUAGCCUACUUCCAAGAUGGCGCCAAGUAUAAAACAACAUGAUUUUUAGGUUAAAACAUAUAAAAAUUAGCUAAAAAAGUUAGCAUGCUAACAUUAGCAUGCUUACAUAAGAGACAUUAGCCUACUUCCAAGAUGGCGCCAAGUAUCAAAAAUCAUGAUUUUUAGGAUAAAACAUUCAAAAUUAGCUAAAAAGUUAGCAUGCUAACGUUAGCAUGCUAACUUAAAAGACGUUAGCCUACUUCCAAGAUGGCGCCAAGUAUAAAAAAUCAUGAUUUUUUGGAUAAAACAAAUCAAAAUUAGCUAAAAAGUUAGCAUGCUAACGUUAGCAUGCUAACUUAAAAGACGUUAGCCUACUUCCAAGAUGGCGCCAAGUAUCAAAAAUCAUGAUUUUUAGGAUAAAACAUUCAAAAUUAGCUAAAAAGUUAGCAUGCUAACAUUAGCAUGCUAACAUAAAAGACGUUAGCCUACUUCCAAGAUGGCGCCAAGUAUCAAAAACCAUGAUUCGUAGGUUAAAACGUACAAAAUUAGCUAAAAAGCUAGCAUAAAACAUUAGCAUGCUAACAUAAGAGACGUUAGCCUACUUCCAAGGUGGCGCCAAGUAUCAAAAACCAUGAUUUUUAGGUUAAAACCUACAAAAAUUAGCUAAAAAAGUUAGCAUGCUAACAUAAAAGACGUUAGCAUACUUCAAAGAUGGCGCCAAGUAUCAAAAACCAUGAUUUUUAGGUUAAAACCUACAAAAAUGAGCUAAAAAAGUUAGCAUGCUAACAUAAAAGACGUUAGCAUACUUCAAAGAUGGCGCCAAGUAUCAAAAACCAUGAUUUUUAGGUUAAAACCUACAAAAAUUAGCUAAAAAAGUUAGCAUGCUAACAUAAAAGAUGUUAGCAUACUUCAAAGAUGUCGCCAAGUAUCAAAAACCAUGAUUUUUAGGUUAUGAACAUAAGAGACGUUAGCCUACUUCCAAGAUGGCGCCAAGUAUAAAAAACCAUGAUUUUUAGGUUAAAACGUACAAAAUUUGCUAAAAAGCUAGCAUAAAACAUUAGCAUGCUAACAUAAGAAACGUUAGCCUACUUCCAAGAUGGCGCCAAGUAUCAAAAACCAUGAUUUUUAGGUUAAAACAUACAAAAAAUAGCUAAAAAAGUUAGCAUGCUAACAUGAAAGACGUUAGCCUACUUCAAAGAUGGCGCCAAGUAUCAAAAAGCAUGAUUUUUAGGUUAUAAACAUAAGACGUUAGUCUACUUCCAAGAUGGCGUCAAGUAUCAAAAACCAUGAUUUUUAGGUUAAAACGUAUAAAAUUAGCUAAAAAGCUAGCAUAAAACAUUAGCAUGCUAACAUAAGAGACAUUAGCCUACUUCCAAGAUGGCGCCAAGUAUCAAAAACCAUGAUUUUUAGGUUAAAACAUACAAAAAUUAGCUAAAAAAGUUAGCAUGCUAACAUAAAAGAAGUUAGCCUACUUCAAAGAUGGCGCCUAGUAUCUAAAACCAUGAUUUUUAGGUUAAAACGUACAAAAUUAGCUAAAAAGCUAGCAUAAAACAUUAGCAUGCUAACAUAAGAGACGUUAGCCUACUUCCAAGAUGGCGCCAAGUAUCAAAAACCAUGAUUUUUAGGUUAAAACGUACAAAAUUAGCUAAAAAGCUAGCAUAAAACAUUAGCAUGCUAACAUAAGAGACGUUAGCCUACUUCCAAGAUGGCGCCAAGUAUCAAAAGCCAUGAUUUUUAGGUUAAAACGUACAAAAUUAGCUAAAAAGCUAGCAUAAAACAUUAGCAUGCUAACAUAAGAGACGUUAGCCUACUUCCAAGAUGGCGCCAAGUAUCAAAAUCCAUGAUUUUUAGGUUAAAACAUACAAAAAUUAGCUAAAAAAUUUAGCAUGCUAACAUAAAAGAUGUUAGCCUACUUCAAAGAUGGUGCCAAGUAUCAAAAAGCAUGAUUUUUAGGUUAUGAACAUAAGAGACGUUAGCCUACUUCCAAGAUGGCGCCAAGUAUCAAAAACCAUGAUUUUUAGGUUAAAACGUACAAAAUUAGCUAAAAAGCUAGCAUAAAACAUUAGCAUGCUAACAUAAGAGACGUUAGCCUACUUCCAAGAUGGUGCCAAGUAUCAAAAUCCAUGAUUUUUAGGUUAAAACAUACAAAAAUUUGCUAAAAAAGUUAACAUGCUAUCAUAAAAGAUGUUAGCCUACUUCAAAGAUGGCGCCAAGUAUCAAAAAGCAUGAUUUUUAGGUUAUGAACAUAAGAGACGUUAGCCUACUUCCAAGAUGGCGCCAAGUAUCAAAAACCAUGAUUUUUAGGUUAAAACUUACAAAAUUAGCUAAAAAGCUAGCAUAAAACAUUAGCAUGCUAACAUAAGAGACGUUAGCCUACUUCCAAGAUGGCGCCAAGUAUCAAAAUCCAUGAUUUUUAGGUUAAAACAUACAAAAAUUUGCUAAAAAAUUUAGCAUGCUAACAUAAGAGACGUUAGCCUACUUCAAAGAUGGCGCCAAGUAUCAAAAAGCAUGAUUUUUUGGUUAAAGCAUACAGAAAUUAGCUAGAAAAGUUAGCAUGCUAACAUUAGCAUGCUUACAUAAGAGACGUUGGCCUACUUCCAAGAUGGCGCCAAGUAUCAAAAAGCAUGAUUUUUAGGUUAAAACAUACAAAAAUUAGCUUAAAAAGUUAGCAUGCUAACAUUAGCAUGCUGGCUAAUGAAAUGUGCAACAAACAUAAACACAUGUUUGUACACUACAUUACCCAGAAGCCUUAGCGCCGUAGACAGGAAGAGGAAGUAGAUGUGAGCAGGAGAGGUAUAACGUUGUUGACGUCCCCGCUCCAACUCCAAGUUAGGACUCGAGCAGGGAUCCUCCAACUGUGCCACACCAGCUCCAUCUAGUGGUACGCCAAAUAACCACCCGAGUCAAUAUUCUACACACAGUGUUACUGUUCAAUAACAGCUCUUAAUGGAUACUACGUCGCCAUGGUGACGUCCUGGAGGGACAGAAACAUCCCCAAACAAAACAUCAGAAAAUAUGUCAAAAAUGGACUUCCUGCUAGAAGCUGCACACUGACUACUUUAAACAUAGUUUAAGUAUGUUUAUUUAUUUCAACACCUUUUUUAUUUCUAAGCAGCAUUUAUCAAUAAAACCCCCAAGUGCA